AUGCACGUCGUCUUCCCAACGACACCAGCACAGUACUUCCACCUCUUGCGCAGGCAAAUGAAGCGCAACUUCCGGAAACCUCUCAUCCUUGCGGGGCCGAAAGGGCUUUUACGUUUGUCGGCCGCUUCGUCUUCUCUGGCGGAUAUGGAGCCCGGGACUCGGUUCCAGCCUGUCCUCGAUGACCCAGUGGCAGCUCAGGACAAGGAAAAAGUCAAGCGUGUGGUCAUGCUUUCCGGCAAGGUAUACUACGAGCUCAUCAAAGCCCGCCAUGAUCGGUCGCUCGACCAAGGCGUGGCGUUCAUCCGGAUUGAGGAGCUCGCUCCGUUCCCGUUUGAUAUGCUUGAGUCUGUGCUGAAGGGGUACGAGAAUGCGAAGGAGUGGGUGUGGGUUCAGGAGGAGCCUAGGAAUCAGGGGGCGUGGGGGCAUGUGGUGUUUAGGAUUGAGAGUGUGUUGCAAGGGAUGGGCGUGGGGAGAGGGGAGGCGAGGUUGAGGUAUGUGGGGAGGAGGGAGAGUGCGGUUCCUGCGCCGGGCGUUGGGGCGAUUUAUCAGAGGCAGCAGGGAGAGGUGAUUAGGGGUGCGCUUGAGGGGAUGUACUAG